CAGGACAUUGACGGAGACGACCACAACUCCGACGCGCCUUCCUACAAAGAAGCGUUGCCUGCCCUCGAAGAAUUCAUCGAGCCGGCAGGCGAUGAUGAUUAUGCGCCUAAAGCGAGAAAGAAACGCAGUAAACCGCGUGCACCGCUGAUGGGGAUCUUAUCACGGAGACGGAUCGCAAUUUACACUUGGAGGCCUACUUUGCUGGUACUGCACCAAGGGAAGAUCAAUUUGGUGAGCCAGUGUAUUGCAUUUGCCGCAAAGACGAUAUGGGCAAGUGGAUGAUCGGUUGCGAUGGCUGUGAUGAAUGGUACCACGGCGAGUGUAUCCGCAUCAGCAAGACAGACGAAGCUUUGAUUGAUCGGUACUAUUGUCCACGUUGCCAAAGAAAUGAGGUCGGCCACACGACAUGGAAGAAGAAGUGCCGCAUGGUGGGCUGCAGAAAACCGGUCGAGCAGCAGCAAGAAGCAGAAGAAGGCGUCUCAAAAGGAUCACAUCAGUCUGGCAAGUACUGCUCUCAUGCACAUGGUCUAGCGUACUUUCAAAUGAGGCUGGGCCAGGCAUUACUCACGAAACCGCAAGUAGCGAGUCUCGUAAAGUGCAGUGCGACGCGAGCCGACUUUUGUCGAUUGGGUGAUCGGGCGCCUGCUGUGGAAGGUGUCGCGUUCACAGCAAAGGAGCAGCAACGACUCUCAGAGUCUCAACAGGAACGUCAGCGCAUAGAUGGUGCCUUGAGUCGGUUGACGCGGCGACAGCAGCUUGUGACGAUGAUGCGUGAAAAGGCUACCCGCGUCAAUGUCGAGCUGAAGGCAAGGAAGGAAAAGGAACAAUGUGGACUGGAUGUACGGCUCCUGAUGCAAGAAGAGGCGCUGGACGCUCUGAUUGAAGACAAGUCGGCAGAUUUGGAAGAGCAGUUACGCGGGACGACUGUGGAUGACAUGUGCACGGUGCCUGUGAAGAAAUGUAUCAAGCACGCAGGUUGGUUCCAGAUACACUCAGAUGCCAUCUCCUUACAGGAACAGCUACUGAAGGAUCGACUCGAUGUGCUCAGAGGUGAAGAUGAGAGUAUCCGAAAGUCAGCCCAAAGACGCAUCUGAAUGCUGAUUGAUGCUUGUUGACUCAUUGUUGAGGCAGUGUGCAUGCCUCGCAAAAGUGAAGAUAGUGCGACAACACGAACAACGUAGUCGCGCUUUCAAGAUACCAAACACAUCUG